GUCAAGGAGGAGGAUGGCCUUCAGAGCCAGCGCAGCCACUGACGGUCGUGGUGGUGGUGCUGGCGACACCGCUCAGGCCACCGUCAGCAGCGUCCGGCGGUGCCCGCUUCGGGGCCCGGACCACCUGCUGCUCAUGAGCGACGCCGAGCUGCGGUCGCGCUUCGGCCUGGAGGCGGCCGGGGAGCGGCACGUGGUGCGCCGAGCGCUGAAGCGCUUCCUGGAGGCCGACCGGCACGAGAACGCGGUGCGCGGCCGCAGGAGCGUGGAGGCCACGGAGGACCCGCACCUGCGCGAGUUCCUGGUGCCCCUGGCCGACCUGACCCUCGGCCCCGAGAUCUCCUCGGGCGGCUUCGGCCAGGUCUUCCGCGGCGUGCUCCGGCCGAGCGAGGACCGCGGGAGGCUGCGGAAGGGCCAGCCGCGUACAGUGGCGGUGAAAGCGAUGAAGGGCGACCAGCGCAUGCGGUUGAACGAGAUUCUCAAGGAGAGCCGGGUGAUGGCCACCCUGGACGACGCGAACUUGUGCAGCUUCAUAGGCAUCUGCACCGACGGCAGGAGCAAGGGCGGCACGCAGUACAUCCUCUCCGAGCUUAUGGACUGCUCGCUGUUCGAUCUGGUCCACAAGCCCCACAGGCCGAAGU